UGACUAUGACAUAAUUCUAAUUUUAGAAUUUUCCCAAUUAUAAUUCUAAUUAUAGACUUUAACCAUUUAACAGUUAUUUUAUUUUAAAGUGUCUUACUCGUUGCAAUUGGGUUACGCAAACUGCUUGUAAUUCUAUCAGUAUCGAUUAUUCUUUUAGAAAAGAUGCAACAAGUCUUCUCAUUAUUAUGUUUUGUUCAGACAUUUUUUGUUUGUUGUUUUGCUGCAUAUUUCACAAACCAACCAGCUGGAACAACCUAUGCCUUGAUAAACAGCACUGUAAAGAUUGACUGUGCUAUUUCUGGAUCCACAUUCAUUCCUCUAUGGAAAAUUAAUGGUACUAUUUAUGAUAUUUACACUGAUCCACCGAAUGGAGUCAGUUAUGUUCCUGAUGGAUUAUUAAUCCAUCAUGUAUCAUUACAUUGGAACUUCACUUCAUUUCAAUGCUAUAUAUUUGGUUUAUCAUCAACCAUUGGAUAUCUUUAUGUACUAAUAAUACCAGACAUCAGUUCUACAAUUAUUUCAACAGGCAGUUCAUCAUAUUUUCAUUCAGACUUUACCUCCAGCACACCAUUAAUGUCUUCAUUCAUCCCUAAUGUGACAAUAAUAUCAUUAAGUUCUCAUUCACACAUAAUUUUAACAUCUUUUUCACUUUCUAUGUCUCCCCAGUCACUCAAUGGCUCACCAUUAAAAACUCUAGCAGGAUCCUCUGAUAUAAACAAUAUAACAAUAGAUUCAAUACUCUACAGUACUGAGAUGCUGAUGAUGUCAUCUUCUAUUAAUACUCCAAUGGUUAUUGAAAGUAUUAAAAGUAGCAGUUUUGGGAAUGAGACUACAGUUGGGAAUAGUCACAAUGUGAGAGUUAUCUUUAUUUCGGCUGUUGUUUCAUCAAUUUGUGCAAGUCUAUUGAUGAUAGCUGCUAUGUGCCUUAUUGUUUUUGCUCUGGUUAGAAAGAAAAGAAAAGAAAAGAAGUCCACAAAAACAUUUUCUGAGUCUAAUCCAGUUUAUGAUGAGCCAGUUCAUGAAAAUAUCCAGUUUAAUCCAUCUUAUGGGUUGGUCAGAGGGCCUGUGAGGUCCACUGUCAAUCCAGUGUAUGAAGAAAUUAACUUAACUUAAGGACAAACAAUAAAGUUUCUUUAAGGUUUUCAUAAUAAUAGUACAUGUACCAUACAUGUAAUGCCAUGCAUGCAAGUGUCACCACUCACCACAGUUUAAAUGGGUCAGGCAUAAGAUAAUAUUAAUUUCCAUGG